AUGACACAAGCAAAAUCUCUCUUCUCUCCCUUCACUCUUCCAUUUCCUUCACCGUAUUCCAAUCUCAACUCCCAACGACACCGUUUCUUUUCUCACCCAAUUUCACCCCUAAUUCAAACCACUUCGAUUGCCUCCUCAAACGCCACCGUUUCGGGCAAUGCAGCUACAUCCGUUCAACCUCUCCCCCAGCUGAUUGAAACGCUGAUUUCCGGGGUGAAUUUGUCGGAAGAUGAAGCCGAAGGGUGUUUGGACUCGCUGCUUCACGAGCCAAACGAGGCCUUAAUCAGCGCGGUUCUUGUGCUUCUCAGAGCCAAAGGAGAGACUUAUGAAGAAGUUGUGGGGUUGGCAAGGGCAAUGUUGAGACAUGCGACGAAGGUUGAAGGCUUGAACGAUGUUGUGGACAUUGUGGGAACCGGAGGGGACGGUGCCAACACCGUCAAUAUUUCAACGGGGGCUUCCGUUCUCGCGGCGGCUUGCGGUGCCAGAGUUGCGAAGCAAGGGAACCGGUCAAGUUCUUCUGCGUGUGGAAGUGCAGACGUGUUAGAAGCUCUGGGAGUGGUGAUUGAUUUAGGUCCUGAGGGAGUAAAGAAGUGUGUGAAUGAAGCUGGGAUUGGGUUUAUGAUGUCUCCAAAAUAUCACCCGUCGAUGAAGAUUGUCAGGCCAAUAAGAAAGAAGUUAAAGAUCAAAACUGUAUUCAACAUAUUGGGUCCAAUGUUGAAUCCAGCACACGCACCUUUUGCAGUUGUUGGAGUAUACACAGAGGACUUGGUCUCCAAAAUGGCUAAAGCACUCAACAGAUUUGGCAUGAAAAGGGCUUUAGUUGUUCACUCUGAAGGUUUGGAUGAGAUGAGUCCUCUUGGACCUGGUUUAGUGCUUGAUGUUACUACUGACAGGGUUGAUAAGUUCUCAUUUGAUCCCUUGGACUUUGACAUUCCUCGUUGUACUGUUGAGGACUUAAAAGGUGGUGAUCCCGAGUACAAUGCAGAGGUUCUGAAGCGUGUUCUAGGUGGAGAGAGAGGGCCUAUUGCAGAUGCUUUAAUUCUAAAUGCAGCAGCGGCUCUAUUGGUUUGUGGCCGUGUAAGGAACCUAGCUGAAGGGGUGGCUGUGGCGCGUGAAACACAACAAUCAGGGAAGGCUCUGAAAACUCUCAACUUGUUCAAGGAUGUCUCAAAUAAAUUUAAAGAUGAUGUGGGCAUAGAUGCCUGAAUCGUGACUCAGGUUUGAGUUUUGUAAUUUCAGGCUUCAUACAGUACAUGUUUUACAGAGAUGUACAAAAAUAAUCUCAGUACUGUGCAAAAGGUUUUAGAAUAGAAGGAAGGAUCAUAGAUUGUUUACGUUUCUGUCACAAAAAAGUGACAGAGGAAAUGGAUUAUUUUUGUACUGAAAAAAAAGGAACCUUGAGCUUUGAGAUUUUCUGUUAGAUUUCGUAAAGACAAGAUGCUAACUAAUAGUUCUUGGAUUCAUUGAGUGGAAUUGUUGCAAAAAAGGUUAUUUGGUGCUUUUCUUUAUAUUAUGGGAGUACCUUUUUUACC